UUUAACAGCUAUAUCUUAUCUUAUCUUCUUCUCAGUAGGGAAGCCGAGUCUUCCCGGUCCCCAGCCACCUCCUCCAGCUCCACCAGGAGGACACAAACGUUCCCAGGCCAGCUGUGAGACAUAAUCCCUCCAGCGUGUCCUAGGUCUGCCCCCGAGAUUUUCCCGGCUGGGCUUGCCCGGAACACCUCACCAGGGAGGCAUCCGGACUAGAUGCCCGAGCCACCUCAACUGGCUCCUCUUGAUGUGAAGGAGAAGCUCCUCCUCACCCAAUCUCUUAGGUGAGUCCAGCUACCCUACGGCGGGAACUCAUUUCAGUCGCAUGUAUCCGCGAUCUUGUUCUUUCGGUCAUGACCCAAAGCUCAUGACCGUAGGUGAGGGUGGGAACAUAGAUCAAGGCCGCCCCUCUGUGACAUCACAAAGGGGCAGUUUUCCCACGCCUUUUGAAACCGAGCGUUUUGAGCCAUCCAAAACUUCUUUCAGGGCUCACUCCCCAUUGCGCAAACCUCAUUAUCUGAAACUUUGAAUACAACAUUCUAACUACAUUUAUAGGUCAGAAAAGUGGGGAAAAAAGCACAAUACGUCCCCUUUAAUAUAUAUUUUUGUACGAUUUGUUGAAAAAUGACUUUUAUGUGAUUGGUUUAUUUACUUGUUUGCACUGGACAAUUAAUUGAAGUAUGGUGUCUAAUAGAGCGGAGGCCACUAUUUAAGGGAACAAUAAUACUUAAAUUAUAAUUAUACGUUUAAAUGGGAUCCCGUCACGAGUUCAUGACAUCGUCUUUACCUCCAGUGGGGUGUGAAAUCAGACAUACUGUAAUUACACAUAGAUUUUUUUAGCUAUGGAUUGAACAGGCCUGUAUUGACGAGCGGGCUGCAGCAUCUGCCCCCCCAACCCCCUCUCACCCCGUGUCCAGCCCCCUGUACAUAUAUAACACAGUGCUGUGCAAACAAUCAUGUUUGUGUACAUAUAGGAAAUGUACACACACAAACAUAUGUAUGUGUUGCGUCACCAUGUGGAAAAAUGACUUGAUAGAUUUUGAAAACCUAAAUAGAGCUGAUGUGCGGUGAUUGAGGUCAAUAUGUGGUGUUAUGACCUAAAUGCAUGUAUCAUGCUUAUUGACAUGCACGGCCAUUGCUCAUUGUGGAAGUUGGCACUCUUCCCUCAAACACUUGGCAGAGUGUGGAGGUGGAAGGUCACUUGGAGUUUACAGGAAGGGAUGCUAACUUUUUGGGUGAGCACACCAGGGGUCAUAUGACCCGAGGAGAUUCAAGCCACCAUCGGCAGUCUGGCCAUGCUGCUGCAAGGUAAGCACAAACCUAAAUGCAAAUGUCCACUUUUAGCAACAACUGUUUUUUUAUGACUGCUACUUUGAACCAAAAAAUGCAUUAUAUAUGUUAAAAGAACCCUUAAUUAAUGUAAUGUUUCCUAUACUGUUAAGACUAAAGCCAAAGUGGUGGUUUUAAGAUUUUUGUGUAAAUUUAGCAAAGAAAAAUGCUACUGAUAACCAAAAAUGUACAUAUUUUCAAAUAAUUUUACGGUAGCAGCUUGUACCGUAUCCAGUCAAAUCCUGUCAAAACAUCCUGUCAAAUUAUAUACAUUUUAAACAAUUCAUUAAAAUAUAUAUUUUUAAAUCAAAUCCUGUCAAAACAUCCUGUCAAAUUAUGUAAUUUUUUAACAAUUCAUUAAAAUAUAUAUUUUCAAAUCUAAUAAAUGUUAAAAUGAAAAAAUACUAGUCUUUAAAUAAAAGUGUUAAAAUUAACAAUUACAUUGAGCGUCCUAAAUAGGCUUUGGUUUAAGUCAAAAGUUUUCUUGAUCUAGAUUAAUUUAAUUGACCAGGGACAUAAUUAGUCAAACUGUAGUUAUUGAUCUCAACAUGAAAGGUAGUAGAUGUCCCACAUGUGUUACUGCUCUGUGUGCUUUUCCAGUCACAAUGGUAGAGUGAAGAUGGGUGACUGGAAGUUCCUCGGAGGCAUUUUGGAGGAGGUGCACAUCCACUCCACCAUGGUGGGGAAGAUCUGGCUCACCCUGCUUUUUGUCUUCCGCAUGCUGGUUCUUGGCGUGGCGGCCGAGGAUGUGUGGAACGAUGAGCAGGCCGACUUUGUGUGCAACACGGAACAGCCGGGCUGCAGGAACGCCUGCUACGACUUGGCCUUCCCCAUCUCGCUCAUUCGCUAUUGGGUGCUGCAGGUCAUUUUCGUGUCCUCACCUUCGCUGGUCUACAUGGGCCACGCCCUCUACAGGUUGCGGGUCCUGGAGAAAGUCCGGCGGAGGAGGAAGGCUGUGCUGAGGAAGGAGCUGGAGGAGGUGGACGCAGAGUGGGUGGAAUCCAGGAAGAGGAUCGAGCGGGAGAUGAAGCAGCUGGAGCAAGGGAAGCCCGACAAAGCUCCUCUCAGGGGGUCUCUGCUGUGCACCUACGUGGCUCACGUGGUCACCCGCUCUGUGGUGGAGGUGGUCUUCAUGCUGGGCCAGUACCUUCUGUACGGCUUCCGCUUGCACCCCUUGUUCAAAUGCCAGCGUUUCCCUUGCCCCAACACUGUGGACUGCUACGUGUCCAGACCCACAGAGAAGAGCGUCUUCAUGGUCUUCAUGCAGUGCAUCUCCGCCAUGUCUCUGUUCCUCAACAUCUUGGAAGUCCUCUACCUGGCCUACAAGAGGAUUAAAAGGGACAUCCUGGACUUUUAUCCUCAUAUGUGGGAUGAAAGGGACGACUUGGAGUUUUGCAGAAGCAAAAAAACAUCAGUGGUGCAAAUAGGUCACAGAAAAGCCACGUUAGUUUCUGCACCGGGGGAUUUUAUCUCCAUGGAGACCAAGCGGGGAAGCUGCUUCUACCCCACACAACCUUCUGCAGGUUGUCAGGCAGCAAGCAAGCAAGUUGAGUCCACCAUGGCUCCAGCUGAUGUGCAUAAGGACGUAGUAAAGAGUCAGGACAAGGAGACCAGCAGUGGAAGAAGUAGCCCACAGAAGCAGUCUUUAUCUUAUACCUUUCAGACAGCAAGGAGGACAAAGGGGCCCCACGAUCUCUCCCCCAGGUGCUCCACCGUGCUGGAGGGCAGGAGCUCAGACACGGACUCAUGCGGAUGUGAGGAAAUCACCCCGUCGAGGCUUCAAAGCUGGCAGUCCAGCUCAGGCUUAGCGGAGGAGUCCAAACGCAACCCGAGAGCAGCUACCUCCACCGACCGCAGGGCAUCGGAAGCGAGCAUGGUGAGUAGCAGACAAGCGAGGGACCUUCAAAUCUGACUUAUAGUGGAACCCAUUACCUCCACUGGGAUGGUUUUUAUACAGGAUUUUGCAAAAAUAGGACAUGCAGAUGCAGAAAUAUACCUCUGCCAAGGCCAACAUGUUAAUGUACAUAAAAGGUUUUUAUUUUAAACAUAAAAUUUUUUAAGUUCUUUUCCACUAAAUGUGGUCCUAGGAGCAUCAGUUAGGAAGUCAUGAAAUCCUUAUAAUCCCUAUUUGUUUAUUGCUAAUUGUCUCAUUGUGACAAAAUAAAAUCCAACACGUGGGUCAAAAAUACAGUGCCGACCUCCUACAAUUUAUUGCUAAUUCAUCUGCUUUGUGUAUUGAUUUCACAAAAAUAAGACGAGGCAAGGGUCAAUAAAGAAAAUAAGGCUCAGACCACCACCAAUGCCAAAUAUAUUAUAUUAUAUUAUAUAUGCAUAUAUUAUACUCCCCUACAUGCACCACUGGCCAGCCAUUUCCCCAAUAUAGCAAUGCUGACCUCCACCAAGGCCAACCUUAAAAGCGGAAAACAAUUAUUUGAGCAUGGGAUUACACUUCCUGUGAAACCCCGUGGAGUGGUGGAAUUGAGUGAGGGAAUUAGUCAUUGUCAAGUCUUUUUUUGUGCCAAUUCCAACGAUCACUUCAUUAAAAAAAUGUCUUUAGCCUGCCUCAGGAGUGCUCUGUGAAUGCUCUUUUUGGUGUGUAUUUAAGAAUGACUUUCAAUGAAGAGUACACAUUUGGGUAGAUAUGUGCAAGAUGUGUUUUAAUCAAAGAUCUAGUCACAACAAGUGAAAUGUAAAGAAACUGGAGCUCCAGUAAGUGAAUCGUCUUCAGGUUCAGUUCUAAUUCUAAAUAUGGGACUGUGGACUCAGUCACAAGAUACAAAUAGUCUGAAGUGGGGUUACUUCCUGAGCUUGUCAAAGUAAAUGCUACCAGAAUGUUCUGCAAGCGUUACAAUAAUGUGUGAAUUAAAAUGGUGACAAUCCAAUGAUAACAUCUAAAUCUGCAUUUGCGUGAUUUCUGAGUAUCGGCAUUACAAAGACAGUUUAGAUCAUUUUCUCCUCUUUUCACCCUUAUGUGAUGCGUAAAAUUGAACAAAUAUUUACUGCAUAUAUGUACAAAAUAAAUUAAAUACCGGAGACAAGUAGUGACAAUGUAAAGUAUUCCAAGUGGUAUCCUGAAGUUCUGCUGGAGUCUAUUCAGUAGCAGGUGCUUCUUCAGGAGGCUCGUGGCUCUGCAGCUAGUAAGAGAAGACAGUUCAAGUGUCAACAGUGCUGCCCGGGGACUUUUUGAAUAAAAUUGGCUCUCAACGUAUUGUAAAAAUGAUGUAUAUUGGCAGAUAUUACACUAUUUUGCUAUGUCAGCUGUAACACAAAGCUAAGAUGUGGAUGUUUUGUUGAGAUAGCUUAGCAUAUAGGGACCUAUACUAUAUAUCAACAAGUGCAACUAUGUCAUUAGAAACAUACAAUCCCACAAACUAACCCUGGCUUUGAGUUCUUGGUU